CAUGUGCACAGAGAAAAAGAUGUCAGCGAAGGUUCUGUUUCUGUUCGUGUUUGGAGCAGCGGUGAUUGGUAGAGGAUGUGGAUUCGGCUUUUUCAACGGCGACAACCAAGACAGAGUUCGUCUUCGAGAAGUUGAGGUAUUGACCCUUUAUCAAGGAAGAAUGACCAACGCAAGGAGAGUAUCUCCCAUUCCUCAGUUAAAAUGCAUUGGUGGGACUGCUGGUUGUCAUGCAUUUGUGCCACAAACCGUGCAGUGCUACAAUCGUGGUUGGGACGGCUAUGACGUUCAGUGGGAGUGUAAGACGGAGAUGGAUAAUUCGUACAAAUUUGGUCGCGUUACAGUUAGCUGUGAAGGAUACGAUUAUCCCGAUGAUCCAUUUGUGCUUCGUGGAUCCUGUGGGUUAGAGUACAUGUUGGAAUUGACAAAUGAGGGACAGCAGCAGCAGCAGCAGCAUUAUCACAGAGACUCGGGGUACCAUUAUGGUUCUCAUGGAUCAGCUUGGUCAAAACCAUCAUCGACCUGGUUUGGAGAUUUGGUGACAAUGGGAAUAGUGGUAGUUGUUGGAUAUAUAAUGUUCAAGGCUUGCUGUGGCCAAAGAAGGACUGACAUGCAUGGUGUUGAACCUAAUAUGGGUACUAGCAGUUCUCCUCCUCCUCCUCCUGGUUUUAGACCGGAGUAUACAUCUGGGUCUGGCAAUCAAGGCUCAUCUCCUCCUUCACCUGGAUUUAAGCCUGAAUAUACUGGCAACACUGCACACAGUAAUUCCAACAACAAUAAUUCUGGAAACACUGGAGGACAAGGACAAGGGGGAAUCGGAGGAUUUUGGACAGGUGCAACAGCCGGUGGUAUACUAGGAUAUCUUUUUGGAAACAGACGUUCUGGAUAUGGAUAUGGUUAUGGUCCAGGCUAUGGAUCUGGUUAUGGUUCGGGUUACGGCUAUGGAUCCGGUUAUGGAUAUGGAUCUGGCUAUGGUUAUGGAUCUGGCUAUGGUUAUGGCAGACGAUCUGGAGGAUGGUCGUCUGGAUUAGGAAGCAGCUGGGGGAGUGGUAGUAGAGGCAGUUCAUUUGGUCGUUCGUCCAGAUCCAGUGGUAGCUCCGGGAGCAGAUCAACAUCAGGAUUUGGUGGUACUUCAAGGCGUUGACAUGCAUUCUUAUGAAUUGAAAAGAUACAAGUAGCCUUUGAAUACUGCUGAUUAAAGUGUGGGAUGUUUUGGGAUGUUUUAGAUUGUUUGGGUUGAAAUGGUGUCAUCCCAUUCAAUUUAAUGUGCUUCACAUGUCAAACUAUUUCAAUUGUUGUAACACCAGCUUGCAACAUAGUUACCUCAAAA